UAAUUUCUAAUUAAUUUGAUUUCAUUUUUAAUCCAAGUAAUUUACAGUUUUCGUUUCUCUACAAUUUAGUGUAAACUUAAAUUCUCUAAAUUGGUAUUUCUAUCAACCAUUUAGAAAUAAUUUUCUCUCUGUGUUCUCAUUUCCUUUUAUUCUCUGUCUAGUUUUUAGAUAUUUGCUCUUCCAUUGUUUUCAUCUUCUCUCGAUAUUUCUCUUAUACCUAUUUUUUUUGUUUUCGAAUUUGCAAUCAAUCAAUCGUUUCGAAUUCACUAUCUCUCUUUCCUGUUCAUACAUAUUCAUAUAUUUCUCUGGCGAUUCUCCUCUUGAAGUGAACAAAUUAACCAUUAACCCGAUUCGUGAUAUGAAUGUGCAGCGAAGCCGUUUACCAACCUACACAGCUAAUGGUAAUACUUAUGGUUACAAUUCACCAUUAACUAAUCGGCGAGGUUCUCUAUCAACACCAUCACCUACUAACAAUAUGUUCAGUCCAUCUCAUCGAGAGUAUCAUCAAGUAACCUCACCUUUCUAUCAAGUAACAACACAAUUAAAUAACAAUUCUAAUUCCAAUGGUUGUGGUGAUAAUUUACUAUCUUCUACUAGAAACUCUUUACCCCGUGAGACAAACCGUCAUUAUGCCACUUCACCUACCUUGAAUUACACCAAUCACAAUAGCUGUACUAAUAAUAACCAUAACAACAACACCAGUAACAACUCUCAUCGCCACCAACCAAAAUUACAACAGCAACAGCAACAUCAUCAUCAUCCACAUUUUCAUCAUCAUCAUCAUCCAUACAACAACCAAACCUGUCACGGUGUUGCUUCUUAUAAUAAUACUAACAAUGUUUUCACCAGUAACAAAAAUUACAACAAUAAUAGUUAUUUCUUUCAAUCAGCUCCUUCAAGUACUCUAACUAGUCCAAGGUGCUCCUUACCUGGUACACCAAACGAUCAUCAUUCAUCACCAUCAAAUCAAUUUAAAUUAGAAUCUCCAUCAAUUAAAUCAUCUUCUUCAACACCUUCCAGAGUCAUGUCAAGACAAACCUCAUCAACAACCUCUUCCUCAGCAACCAAAAAUCGUAAACCAGGCCUAACAAAAUCAUCAACUGUCGCCUCUGUCCUAUCCGAUUCAUCAAUUAAAACGGCCACUAGUAGUGGACUUAAUAGUCGCCGACAAUUUGACAGUUACAUGCCUUUGUGUGAAGUCCAAUCAGCCCUUAAAAAGGGUGAAGUCAUUGAGGGCGUCCUAAGGAUCAAUCCAAAAAAUUUUGAAGAUGCUUAUAUUAGUGCACCGGACGGGCGGAUGGACAUAUACAUUGCCGGAAUAGAAGGUAGAAACAGAGCGUUCAAUGGUGAUAGAGUUGCGGUUGCUUUGAAUCCUCCAAAAAAAUGGAAGAUUCUUUAUGAAAAGCUUCGUGUUAAGUGGAAAGAUUGGGGCCAAGAAAUUGAUGAAACCUUACGAAAUCAGUUAUCCCUCAAGGAAGAUGCUCACCCCAAAGGAUUUUGGCCAACACCAGUUUCUGGUCAGGAAGAGUCAGAAGAAACAAGUCACAGUACAAAAUCAAAAUCGUCAAAAGUCAAACGAAAAUCUGACCCUGUGAUGGACCCUCAACCUUAUGCUCCAUCUUAUGCAAUCACCGAAGAGCAUAUUUUAGACAUGAUAAAUGACCUUGAAGACUUUCAUUGCUCUAUUUUCUCCAAUGAACAAGAACCAAUUGAUGAUGAUGAUGAAGAAGAAGAAGAAAAUGGAUCUGAUGAAGAGAAGACUCCUCACAAAACUCCAACGAAAACAACGUCUUCUAAAAAAAGUAAAUCGGAAUCAGACACCACUGGUGGAAAAAAGAAAAAGAAAAUAAAAUCUAAGAGCAAAGAAUCUUCUAGUACCACACCAAGUAAAUCCAGGAAAAAGGAAGAGGUGAAAGUUAACAUUCCUGAAGGUUUACCUUCAUACUUUGUUGACCUCACCGCUGAAAAUUUUGUCGGGUGUCCUCACUGGGAGGAAUUCAUUCAGAGAACUGGUCAAGUUAAGGCAAUCAUGUCGGAAGUACAUUCUCGCUUUGCUGGAGGUAAAUUAAAAUUGGCUAAAGAUCGUAAUACAAAUUGGGCCUUAUUUUGUCCAACCGAUAGUAAAGUACCUCGAAUGUUAAUUCCCAUGGAUCAGUGUCCACCCGAUUUCAUGGCACAUUCUAACCAUUAUGAUAGCACCAUGUUUAUUGCAAGAAUAGUCUCAUGGGAAGAUGACAGUAAAUUACCAAUUGGUACAUUAGUUAAAAAAUUGGGCUCAUCUGGAGAUAUUAACGUUGAAACUGAAAUUAUUUUAACCGAAAAUGGUAUUGAUGAUAGUGAAUUUGACGAAGAUAUUAUUAUUGGAUUACCUACUGUACAAAAAUCGACUGAUUAUAAAAUACCAAACAAGGAACUUUUAACAAGGAAAGAUUUUCAUGAUGUUUGUGUUUUCACCAUUGACCCAAGUACAGCUCGUGAUCUUGACGAUGCGAUAUCAAUUCGUGACAUCGAAAAUGAAAAAGGUUUAAAUGGAUGUUCAUUGUAUGAAGUUGCCGUUCAUAUUGCCGAUGUUUCGUACUUUUUGAAAGAAGGAUUACCAGUUGAUGAAGAAGCUCGUAAACGAACCACAUCCUUUUAUCUUGUCCAAAAAAUGAUACCAAUGCUUCCCCGUGUUCUUUGUGAAUGUUUAUGCUCCCUAAAUCCAGGUGAAGAUAAACUGACCUUUUCUGUUAUUUGGACAAUGGACGAAGAGGGUAAUACUUAUGGUGAACCUUGGUUUGGUCGUAGUAUCAUUCAAAGUUGCGUUAAAUUAAGUUAUGAGAUUGCUCAAGAUAUGGUUGAUGAUCCAGAACGUGAAUGGACUGAACAAGAUUUCCCAAAAAUUUAUGGCAAUUGGACAGUGGAGGAUAUUAAUCGUUCGGUUAAUUUAUUCAUGAAAAUGGCUCGAAAAAUUCGCAAUCGAAGAUUGGAAACUGGUGCUUUAAACAUGAGAGAAGCUAAAUUAGCAUUUGUACUUGACUCUGAGUCAGGUUUACCCUUAGGGUUUACUCCUCAUAAACAUUUAGAGUCACAUUUUCUCAUUGAAGAGUUUAUGUUAAUGGCUAAUAUGGCGGUGGCAAAAAAGAUUCAUGAUACUUUUCCCGAACACGCUUUCCUCCGUCGGCAUGAACCUCCUGAUAGUCGAAUGUUGAAACAGUUUCAAGAAUAUUGCGUCGCCAAUGGAAUGAAAAAUAUUGACAUUUCAUCCGCUAAAAGCAUUCAAAAGACGUUAAACUCAAUCGACGAUCCACUCAUCUAUACAUCUUUGUCAAAUGUUCUACUUCGAUCUCUGACUCAAGCGAAAUAUUUCUGUUCUGGAUCAGUCCCACAAUCACCAAGCUUUUUCCGACAUUAUGCUCUGAACGUUGAUCUUUAUACUCACUUUACAUCACCCAUUCGACGUUAUCCCGAUGUGAUUGUCCACCGACUUUUAGCUGCUGCUCUUGAUUGUGGUAAAAUGAUUAAAGAUUCACCCGAAGAGUUACAACAAUUGGCCGCUGUUUGUAAUGUAAAGAAAAACGCUUCCCGUUUAGCAUCAACCUCCAGUGGCAAACUAUUUGUCGCUCUUUACAUUAAACAGUGUGGCAUUGUACGUGACGAAGCCGUGGUAGUCCAAAUUUAUGAUCACUCAUUUGACGUAAUGUGUACCAAUUGUAAUGAAUUUUGUAGAGUUUAUUGUGAUAAAUUGGAAGUUGAUCAUUUUGAAUUUGAAGAAUCAGUCUCAGGAUCUAAAGUGAUGAAACUUUUCUGGAAAGGAGCAGGAGCUAAAGUUCAAACAAUUACUCCAUUCACCAAAUUGAAUGUCGAAGUGUCUAUAAGUCCAUCUGAUAUUCACAAAUGGAUUGUCAUUGCUGUCAAUCCAUUUACCAACACUGAAAUUAGUGAUUAAUGAGAUUACCAAAUUUCUUGUAAAGUGAUUGAUACAUUUUCGUUUAUGAUCACAAUCCUUUUGAUCUUAGAAAAAAAUUGUCCAUGAAGUUCAACUUAUGAAAAUCGAUGACAAAAACCACUGCCAUUUUAUCAUCAAUUCAUAUGAAUCAAUUUUUCAUCUUUAAUUUUAUCCCAUCUCUUUUUUUGCUGGAUCUUCAUCCGAUGAUGAAAAUGAACAAAAUUUUCUUAUGUUAGUUUAGAAUCUAAAACAAUUUAAUUGUCGUUUCAUGGUCAGUUUUCGCUCUGUGUCCAUCUAAAAAUCGACUAUUUUGACACUUUCACUCUCACUCUCUCUCUCUCCCCUUCCCUUUUUACAACCUAAAACUGAGAUUAUAUUUAUCUAGUUUCAGAGCAUAAAUUUAAUUAUAGUAAAUUUAAAUUAAGAGCAUCAAAAUUAACACUUCUAGUUAAUUGUGCUAAAUCAGAUCUCUCUCCAUUUCACUUUCAUGAACAAAUAAUUCAGAUCAAAUUGGGUCAAUUUUGCCAAGUCACUUUGCUAAUUGCUUUAAUUUUCUUAAAAAAAAAAUGUUACAACACUUUUUUUUAUUAUUACAUUUAAUUGUUGUUACCAAGAUCAAAAUAAGAUCAAAUAAUAAUUAAGAGAAAGUGAACAAAAAAUUAAACAAAAAAAACGAAGAUUUUAUCUUCAAAA